CCUCGGUUCUCCCUUACUGCAUGUUGACUGUGGACGCCCACCAAGAUCUCCUAAGGAUUUAGAGAAGUGCUUUGAUCUUUGGUUCGCUUGCUCGGAACAGCUUCUCUUCUGACGCCACCUCGAAUUGCGCUGUGCGAAGACAUUUCGCAUUUCAGCAACUCGGAUAAGACGUGCUCGGAGAUAGCCGCAUCUGGGUCUUUUAAGCAGCGUCGAACUCAGCGGUUUCCUUCACUACCCCCUUCAUUGUGCAGCUAUACCAUUCUACCAUCAUUGUCUCUCUCCACUCCUAGUUUGAAUUUUUCCCAUCAUGUCUGUUCCUACGCUCCAGCGCGAUACGGCCUUCCAGGUCCGCUCCUUGUUCCGUUCCUUGCUGCGUCAGUCCUCUCAGUUCUCGAACUACAACUUCCGCGAGUAUGCCCGCCGGCGCACCGUGGAUGCCUUCCGCGAGCACCAGAAGGAGACAGAGGAUAGACGGAUACAGGAAUUGAUUCAGGAGGGGAUCCAGAACCUACGGAUGCUAAAGCGUCAAACCGUGAUCAGCCAAUUCUACCAAAUGGACAAGCUGGUCGUCGAGGGCCAGAAGACAGGCAAGGAAACCGGCAAUGAGGGGGGCAUUGUUCGCCAGAAGGACACUGGUUGGGACUAAAUAAAUUAUAUAUGCGAUUCUUGAUUUGCCGGCGUAGGAACGGCGUUGCUGGGGAUUGAUCUUGAUAUCUUGCGCCGCCGUUGAAGGAGUGACUGGAUAGACUGGAGGUGCUCUGUAAAUUAAUCAAAGCCGACUCACUGCUAUGUUGUAGGUAGCAUCGAUACUUCCUUCACUGAAAA